GUAUAUGCUAGCGCGUACUAUCUUCAGCAUUUAGCAGCAUGGUGCAGUACUAAUCCGGGAACAACCAGAUUAUAAUGUGAGUUAUACUCUCAUUUCCUCUUUCAUAUUACCUACAACUGCAAUUACAACUACAAUUUUGUUAUCAUCAGCAACAGAAAUUGAAUUUCAACAUGCCGGAUCUAUUCGAAAUAAUCGCAGGGACAUACGAACAGUAUUUACUCGGUUAUAAAAUAAGUAAUACUGAUAACGAAUACAACAUGGUAAAAAGUUUCGCAACACAUAGCCAUGUCAGUAGCAUACGUAGCGUUGCGAGUAACAAAAAUAUUUUAGCAUCUGGUGGAGCUGAUGAUUCUGUUUAUUUAUACGAUUUACAUAACAGAGUAGAAUUUGGUAGAUUAAUGCACCAUAAUGAUACCGUCAAUUGCAUUGCGUUUACCCCUGAUGGAUCUCAUCUGUUUUCGUGCAGUAGCGAUGGAACUAUAGCUGCAAUUCGAUGUGGAAAUUGGCAAACAGAAAAACAUUGGCAAAAAUCGCAUAAAGGUUCAGCUGUUAAUACUUUGGCUAUUCACCCAACAGGAAAAAUAGCACUGUCUACUGGAGCAGAUGGAAUUCUGCGAACUUGGAAUCUAAUUAAAGGAAGGCAAGCAUAUGCCACAAAUCUAGUCCCAAGAUUGAGAUCAGAUGGUAGAAAUGUAAACAUUCUUAAAUGGAGUCCUAAUGGCGAAAAGUAUUUAUUAGCUGUAAAUCAGAGAAUAGAUGUAUAUUCUGUAAAAUCAGCGGGGAUCGAUAAUGAAAUAAAAUUCGACUCAAAAAUUAUUUGCGUAGAAUUUUUGAAUGAUGAUUUAAUUGCCGCUGGUUUAGAAAAUGGUCAAAUCAAGUUUUAUGAUCUUGAAAAAUCUGUGGAAAUUGUAGAAGCAGUUGCACAUGAUAAACGAGUGAAAUGUAUGGCUUUUAAAGAUAAUUUAUUAGUUACAGCUUCGAGUAAUGGGGAAAUUAAACUAUGGAGGUAUCGCAGACGUAGAUUGGAUAUGUUACAAAAAGUUAAUUGCGAUGUUAGAAUUACCUGUUUAUCUCUUGCAAUGUUGUGUUAGAAUUAGUUUUUAGCACUAAACCUACCGACACUUUGUGUAUGGCUAUUCCUACCGUGUCCGGUCAAAGUGUUUAUGAAAAGUCAGAAAUUAUGAAGCGAUAUGAUAGCGUUUAAAGACACUUAAAUUUGUGUAGAUGUUUGAAAACGGUCAAUUUGACCAGCAGCGGUAGGUUUAGUGUUAAGCUAAAUAUACUAUAAGAAGCGAUAUUUUCUAUUAGAGAACAACAUCCACUUUUAUGGACGUUAUACACGAAAUUUCAAUAUAAUGUUUCUGAAUUAAUUUCACUGAUGUUCUGUUUUGACAUUGUCGUUUGUCAAUUUUUUCGUCCUGGGAAUAAGUUCAAGUACACGAUUUUCUGUUUAUGUAAUUUUACUAUGAAUAUUAUACAAUGUUCUUUUUAAAGAAUAACAUAAUCUCGUAUGUUCAGUAAUGUUCGGAUACGUGCGUGCUGUGUAAUUAUAAAUAAUUACCAAAGAAUACAUUUGCGAGACGGAUUCAUGGGACUUUCAAUCGGACAAUUCCAUGCUUUCGCAAAAUCCGCGUUAUUCGAUAAAGUUCCGAUGACUCUGAAAUGAUUUGGUGCAUGAACUCCUUGUAUCAAUUUAGAUUUUAGCGCUCCAUUCGUAUAACUACCGCACCAGACCUACGAAAAUUUAUGGAAGUGUAUAUAUUCAUAUCGGCAGCGUAUACAUAUAUUGUAAAUAUGUACAUGUUUCUCAUGAAUUCAUUUAUUUUACAUGUUCAACGAUAUCUUCGGUUUAGGAAUUAUCACGAUUUUUCAAUAAAAGUUGUAUCAUUUCUUAUCAA